CAUCGUAUCAUCACUGAAUGAUUCUAAUUUAUCAAUUUCAAAACUUGCAUGUCCCUUUUUUGUUUGUGCAAAACGCAUGCAUCAUGGAAUUGCAUUGAUUUUAUUUUUUUAAUUUUCACUUGAAUCAGGAUCCUCAAUUUUGAUAACUGUUGAUGGCAAUAAAACCGUUGUAGUGAGCUGAUACCAUGGCAGUUGAAGGGUCUGGAAUUGCCAAAGAUGUUACAGAAUUGAUUGGAAAAACCCCAUUAGUAUAUCUGAACAGAAUCGCAGAUGGUUCUGUUGCUCGGGUUGCAGCCAAACUGGAGUUGAUGGAGCCAUGCUCUAGUGUAAAAGACAGGAUUGGCUAUAGUAUGAUUGCUGAUGCAGAGGAGAAGGGGCUCAUUACGCCUGGCCAGAGUGUCCUCAUUGAGCCAACAAGUGGCAAUACCGGCAUCGGGUUGGCCUUUGUAGCAGCAGUCAAAGGCUACAAGCUUAUCAUUACAAUGCCGGCUUCAAUGAGUCUUGAAAGAAGAACCAUUCUUCUAUCUUUUGGAGCUGAGUUGGUUCUGACAGAUCCUGCAAAGGGAGUGAAAGGUGCAAUUCAGAAAGCUGAAGAGAUAUUGGCCAAGACUCCAAAUGCCUACAUCCUUCAGCAAUUUGAAAACCCUGCCAAUCCAAAGGUGCAUUAUGAAACCACAGGUCCAGAGAUAUGGCAAGGCUCCGGAGGGAAAGUUGAUGCAUUUGUUAGUGGUAUAGGUACUGGUGGUACUAUAACAGGUGUUGGUAAAUAUCUUAAAGAGCAGAAUCCCAACAUCAAGCUAUAUGGUGUGGAGCCAGUUGAAAGUCCAAUAUUGUCUGGAGGAAAGCCUGGUCCACACAAGAUACAAGGGAUUGGCGCUGGUUUUGUUCCUGGGGUAUUGGAUGUUAGUCUUCUUGAUGAAGUAGUUCAAAUAUCAAGUGAUGAAGCAAUAGAAACUGCAAAGCUUCUUGCCCUUAAAGAAGGCCUAUUUGUUGGAAUAUCAUCUGGAGCUGCGGCUGCAGCUGCCAUUAAGAUAGCAAAGAGACCAGAAAAUGCUGGAAAGCUUAUUGUUGUUGUUUUCCCUAGCUUUGGUGAGAGAUACCUGUCCUCUGUGUUGUUCGAGUCGGUGAGACAGAAAGCCGAAAGCCUGACUUUUGAACCCUGAAUUCCAGUUGAAGGCUGUAAUUUAAAUCGGUACUGAUUUCUAGAAUGGAUUUUCACUAGCGAGCAUAAAAAAAUACUUCAAAAUAAAAGAAUAAUAAUUGUUAGUUCUUAAUAAGAUUCCUGGAUUUAUUCCGUAUUCAACGUUUAGUUUCAUUAUCUGAUGAGAAUUUCCAAAAUAUAUUUGGAAUUCUUUAAUAGCUAUAUUAAUGUAGUAAAAUUAAAUAACUUAAAUGUAUCUCUUAAUCGAGUGGUUGCAAUACUUUAGUUGAAAAUAA